GCCCGCAGGGAGCCGCUGUCCCGGGCCUGGCCCGUGCGCGCCCGCCUGCUGGACCAGGGCUCCGCCGGCCGCCGCCUGGGCACCGGGCUGGCCGAGGGCGCUGACCUCAGCCUAGAAGGCCUUAGGAUCCUGGAGAGGCUCGCGCGUCCGGGGGCGGCCCUGCGAGUCGCACGUCCUCGGGGCGCGCUGGUGUCCCUCGCUGCUCGGCGGGGCGAGGUCAGGUGUCCUCCGCCUUCUGUUUCUCUCCUCCCUGCUCUCCUCUCCCUCCCCCGACUCCUGUGACCGUGGGAGUUCCCGCCCGCCCCCUCCUGCAGGGGUGUAGCAGGCUGCGGAGCUGACAGCGGCCCCCGCAGCCACCCUUGCCCAAACUCUCCGGAAGCGGCCCGCGCUCAGGCCGCCACCGCUGCCUCGGCGGACCCACCGGUUGGACCCCGAGACGCCGGCCCUUCUCCCCGCAUCCAAACUUGGAGCACUUGACCUUUUGGCUGUCGGAGGAGGAGGAGGCAGGUCUGCAGGUGGCUGGGGCAGCUGCGACGAGGUGGCGAGGGCAUCCUGCCUGGAGAUCGGCUGCUCUCCCGGACUCGCGGCUUUUUGCCUCCGGGAUCCCAAGGUGUACUGUCAUAGGCGCAUGUUUGACUGAGACCUCGAGUCAUGGAUGUGAGCGCCCGUCUGGCCCUGUGGCUCCUCUGGGGGCUCCUGGUGCAUCAGGGCCAGAGCCUCAGCCACAGUCACAGCGAAAAGGCGACGGGAGCCGGUCCCGGGGCGCCUUCGGAGGAGUCCACUGCAGCAGAGUUUUGCCGGAUUGACAAGCCACUGUGCGACAGUGAAGAUGAGAAGCUCAGCUUUGAGGCAGUGCGAAACAUUCACAAGUUGAUGGAUGAUGAUGCCAAUGGUGAUGUGGAUGUGGAAGAAAGUGAUGAGUUCCUGAGGGAAGACCUUAAUUAUCACGACCCAACAGUGAAACAUAGCACUUUCCAUGGUGAGGAUAAGCUCAUCAGUGUGGAAGACCUGUGGAAAGCAUGGAAGUCCUCAGAAGUAUACAACUGGACCGUGGAUGAGGUGGUACAAUGGUUGAUCACUUAUGUGGAGCUGCCUCAGUAUGAGGAGACUUUCCGCAAGCUGCAGCUCAGUGGCCAUGCCAUGCCCAGGUUAGCUGUAACCAACACCACCAUGACAGGGACUGUGCUAAAGAUGACAGACCGGAGCCAUCGACAGAAGCUGCAAUUGAAAGCCCUGGAUACAGUGCUCUUCGGGCCUCCUCUCUUGACUCGCCACAAUCACCUCAAGGACUUCAUGCUGGUGGUAUCUAUCGUUAUUGGUGUGGGCGGCUGUUGGUUUGCCUAUAUCCAGAACCGUUACUCCAAGGAGCACAUGAAGAAGAUGAUGAAGGAUUUGGAAGGACUGCACCGAGCUGAGCAGAGUCUACAUGACCUUCAGGAAAGGCUGCACAAGGCCCAGGAGGAGCACCGCACAGUGGAGGUGGAGAAGGUCCAUCUGGAGAAGAAGCUGCGUGAUGAGAUCAGUCUCGCCAAGCAGGAAGCACAGCGAUUGAAGGAGCUGCGGGAGGGCACUGAGAAUGAGCGGAGUCGCCAAAAAUAUGCAGAGGAAGAACUGGAGCAGGUUCGAGAAGCAUUGAGGAAAGCAGAGAAAGAGUUGGAAUCACACAGCUCGUGGUAUGCUCCAGAGGCCCUGCAGAAGUGGCUACAGCUGACACAUGAGGUGGAGGUGCAGUAUUACAACAUCAAGAAGCAAAAUGCAGAGAAGCAGCUGCUGGUUGCCAAGGAGGGGGCUGAGAAGAUAAAAAAGAAGAGAAACACACUCUUUGGCACCUUUCAUGUGGCCCACAGCUCUUCCCUGGAUGAUGUGGAUCACAAAAUCCUAACAGCUAAGCAAGCUCUGAGCGAAGUGACAGCAGCACUGCGGGAGCGGCUGCAUCGCUGGCAACAGAUUGAGAUCCUCUGUGGCUUCCAGAUUGUCAAUAAUCCUGGCAUCCACUCACUGGUGACUGCCCUCAACAUAGAUCCCAGCUGGAUGGGCAGUACACGCCCCAACCCUGCCCACUUUAUCAUGACCGACGACGUGGAUGACAUGGAUGAGGAGAUUGUGUCGCCCUUGUCUAUGCAGUCCCCCAGCCUGCAGAGCAAUGUCCGGCAGCGCCUGACGGAGUCACAGCAUGGCCUGGGAUCUCAGAGGUUGGUAGAGGGCGAGGCUGGCCACUUCUUGACAAGCCGGGUAUCUCUGCGGCGAAUGCGCAGCCUCUCAUCUGGACAGUCUUUCAGUUCUGAAGGCCACGGGACCAGUCCUCCAUCCACCUCUGCUUCUUCUUCCUGCUCCUCUUCCACCAUCACUACUACCACCACCGCCACCACCACCACCACCAUCACCACCGUCCAUGUCCACCCUGUUUAUUACCACCACAGCACUUCCUAUUUCCUCCAGAUGGAGCCCUACCCUGACCCACCCCCUCCUGACAGCACCGCUGUGAUGCCUGGGCAUUCAGAGAGCUUGGGGGAUUUGACCCAUUCCGAUUCGGAGUCCUCCCUCCACAUGAGUGACCGCCAGCGAAUGGCUCCCAAACCUCCUCAGAUGGUCCGCGCUGCAGAUGAGGUUCUCAAUGCCAUGAUUUCCAAUAGCAGCCACCGGCUGAUUGAGGGGGUCCACCCAGGGCCUCUGGUGGAGAAACUGCCUGACAGCCCUGCCCUGGCCAAGAAGACAGUACUAGCGCUGAACCACGGGCUGGACAAGGCCCACAGCCUCAUGGAGCUGAGUCCCUCGGCCCCGCCUGGUGGCUCUCCUCAUUUGGAUUCUUCCCAUUCUCACAGCUCCAGUUCCCCAGACCCAGACACACCAUCGCCAGCUGGGGACAGCCGAGCUGUGCAAGCCAGUCGCAACACACGCAUUCCUCACCUGGCUGGCAAGAAGGCUGUGGCUGAGGAAGAUAAUGGUUCAAUUGGUGAGGAGACAGACUCCAGCCCAGGCCGGAAGAAGUUUCCCCUCAAAAUAUUUAAGAAGCCUCUGAAGAAGUAGGCAGCAUGGAGGUGGCAGUGGUGGAACAGCUUGUCCUUCCCUGAGUCUUCUGCCUCUUCUUCCCUCCUUUCAAGAUAUCUAUGCUAGAGUGGGGUAUGGAGGGUCUGGCUCAGGGGCCUGGGCACUGUAAAAAUCCACCCCCUCAUCCUUGGGUCCUUCAUCAUUAUUUAUUAACUAAACCACCAUGGCCUGCCUGCCCUGCCUCCUCCCACCGUGGGCUGCUGCUGCCACCCUUCCCACUUCAGUGCAUGUCUUAGUUGCUGUUCCCUCAGCUCCCAGCUCCACCUCUGGGGUCCAGCUUCUGUCUUUGCAGUCCCAAUUUUGAGGUUUGAUUUUUUUGUUGUUGUUUUGUUUUUGUUUCCCGCUUUCAGGCUUUUACCUUCCACCACUCCCCAACUUCCCCUAGCAGUUUCAGGGAAGAUAGGAAUAGUAACUCUGACCUCUGUGCCUCUGAUCUGAACCACCCCACCCUCAGUGGUUUCUUUUGCCACAGACUGGGACCUAGGGCCUAACCUUUGGGAUUUGUUCUUCAGGAGUGUGGUGGGCCAAAGCUAGAACCUCAUCUUGGAGCUCACUUAGGCCUCCCAGCACCCAUGGGAGAGUGAAAGCAAUUCUCAGAGAACAAGCCACCAAAGAAUUUUGAGAGGCUUGGCUUGGGACUGCAUUGGGAAGAUGUGCUUUGGUUAGUGGAUGCCAGAGCAGUAGGCUAUGAGGCAGUCACCCUUUGUUUUCCUGCCCACUCCUGCCUCCCUCUACCCCUGCUCUGCCAUACUGCAGAAGGGUUUGUCUCUAAGAGGUGCUGCCGUAAAGCUCCCCCAGAAUCAAUACUCAGAGUAUUGGCUCCCCUGGCAUGAAGUCCAUAUCUGUGACACAGGGCUGUGAAGGAGCUCUGGGUAUGUUGCUUUUGAGCCAAAAGAUAGAGUUUAAAUGUAAGAAAAGAAAUAUCCUGAAUUUCCCAAGUGCCUGCACCACAUACUCCUCUUGUCAGACCCCAUUUUUAUGUUACUGCAUAGCCUGGGCCAGAGGCUUAAAAGUGACACAGUUGGUUUGGGGAAGGGGUGUCUAAGGAAUCUGGUGUAGGUGAAGGUGGCUGUGUUACUUCCCCCUCCCGCUCCUCUAGCCAACUCUCCCUUACCUGUUUUUGCUAUGGCUGUAAAGGUAUUUUCCCUCUGCCCCACUCCCUGCCACGCCUUUACCCGGGGAUCCUUUUUUUGGGUCUGGAGUGGGUGCACCUGGGGCUGGUUUUCAGAGGGUGCUGGGCUGCAGACUGCCUUGUACUCUCUGGAAACCUCACAUGGGUUUUUCUGUGUUAAUUCAUAAGACUCUUUGAAGUCCAAUAAAGCAUGUAGGAGAUUUUAACCUUCGUUGGCUCUGACUCUCAUUAUAUUCUUUCUGUAGUUUAACAGACAGGGGUUGAAGAAAAGACUUACUUCUUUUGCCAAGGCAAAAUAAAACUUGAAUGCACAUGCCCAGAGCUUUUCUGGAUUGGGUUACAUAAUAGCCUAAUUAAAUUUGAGUUUCAGAUAAACAGUGGAUACUUUAUUGCUAUGAUUGUGUCUCAUGCAGUAUAUAGGGCAUUUAAAAAAAUUCACUAAAUCUGGUAUUUUUAGUUUUGGGCCACUUUGAUGCUGUUGUAUAGCUUCACGUAUGAUCUCCAUGGAUUUUAGAAUGCUUUCACUGGGAGUGGGUGUUGUGGCAUAGUGAGUGAAGUAGUCACUUGGAAUGUCCUUAUCCCAUAUCUGAGUGCCUGGGAUUUUAAAUCCUGCCACAGCUCCCUACCAACACUCACCUGGGGAGGUAGCAGGUGAUGGCUCAAGUUCUUGGGUACCUGCCAUGCAAGUGGGACACCUGGAUAGAGCACCAGCACCUGGUUUCAGGCUUGCUGUUGAAGGACUUUGGGAGUGAACCAGAGGAUGGGAGAUCUCUAUGUUGCUUUACCUUUCAAAUAAAUACAUGAAAAACUUAAAAGCCACAGGAAGCUUGGGCAAACAUUUGGAGGAAGGCAGUGAUGAGGAACCAAUGAAGUUUUGAAAGGUUUCCUGGAUGGUGAUGGUUGCCGUAAUAACCUGAGCAUGGUGGAACUUGCUUUGAGCUGAACCUCUUGCUGCAUCCCAGAAGGACGGAAUUCUGGCGGGCACCUGAGGCAGUGAAAUCACCGCUCCACCAAUGAAGGCCCAAAGAGACCCCCACUUAAGCUUCCAUGUCAAGAGGGGUUUAAGACCCUCAUGCUGGUUCUUCCUGGUUCUUUCUCCUCUGUAGCCCUCUCCUUCAACAUCUGUCUUUUUGCCUCAUGGGGAAGGGAAACCUGUGACCGUGGUUCCCUGGAAUAAAGACCAUCUAAAUUCUCUUUUUAUAUUCAGCUGAAGUAUUCUUUCCCUGGUGGUCGGCAAAUCUUACAUUUGGUGUUUGGUGAAUCUAAUUGGCACAGAUGACAUUUUGUAAGGAUCAUUUCAGGUAGCUCAAAUCAGACUCUGCAUUAGCCUGGUACAUUAGGAACUCUCAUGUCUUACUUUUCAUAUG